CCAGGUACUAUACAGUAUUCACCGAUGAUGUGGAACUGAAAAGGAACGCAUCAUCUGUCUUUCUUUGUUUGCCCAGCAAAACGGCACCAUUCGGAUCAUGAUUACGGAUCUCCUCUCGAGCACAUCAGCACUUGGUCCAACAAAUUGCCUCGAGCUCUUGCUUAGUCAAACACUUACUUGGUCAUUGGGUCUUACAUCCUACCGGUACCACAGCCAGGUAGCAAGCAGGAGUCCAAGAUAACAUUAACUCCGGUUACUACUAUCAUCAGAAGAAGCAGCGAAAUUUGUGUCUCUCAUUAAAAAAGCAGCCAACAAAAAACAAACGAAUAUGCCUCCCUGUAAAGAAGAAGAUGCCAACGCGUUGGCGGUGGACGAAUGGAGCGAUAUUAGCUCUACCGAUGAGCCCCAUUGGGCGGCGACUGAUUCCACAACAACCAAAGAAUCCAACAAAUCAAGCAGCGUCGAAGACAGCAGUAAACUUUGGUGGAUCCAUGGCAAUGGAUAUGAUCUCCAAGAGUUUGUGGAUCGACAUCCAGGCGGCAAGGAAGCCAUCUUGUUGGGUAAAGGCCGUGAUUGUACAGCUUUGGUGGAGAGCUAUCAUGCCUUUUCACCAGGCUACAACAAGGUUCUCGAAAAAUUCCUUGUGGAAGAAAAGAGCAAAUCGCCAGAGCCAGACUUUUUCUACGAGAUUCUAAAAGAACGGGUGACGGGCGCUCUUAGAGCCAAAGGAUUGGACCCACAAAAAGAUCGAGGAGCCAACUGGGGUCGUUUCCUCUACUAUGGAUUGGUGGUUCUGUCUUUCUUGGUCACUGGCUAUCUCCAUGCUGUCAAAGGUAGCAUUUUGGGUUCUUUCUUGUUUGCAUGGGCUGGUUGGUUCAUGGGAGCCAUUGGCCAUGAUUCUGGCCACUUUGCUACUAGCCACGACCACCCACUCCUCAAUGAAUGGGGUGUUUGGGCCAUGAGCUUCAUUGCAAAUCCCAUCAUGUGGCAGCAUCAGCACACCUAUGCUCAUCACUCCUUCACCAAUGAACACAGUCACGACCCUGAUUUGCACCAUUUCAAUGAAUUCAUUCGUGUUCAUAUAAAGAGCAAAUAUGUCAGUGAGAAACAGCGUCAUUUGUGGUAUGUGAUGCUUUGCUACACUCUCCCCGUCUUUGCAUCUUGCCUCAAGUAUCCAAUGGACAUGAUCAACGAGGGAAUGCUUUGCAUGGUCAGAUGGCAAGAUAAGGACCGCUUCUCAAAACAACUGGGAAUGCGCUUUCAUGUGAUGUUGUACAGUGCUGUGGUGGUUGUGGCUCCAUUCUUUUCACAUUCUUCAGUCAUCAUGGCAUUGGCAUCCGUUUUACUGCACAUGGUCACAUUGGGUUGGCUUUAUGCUCUGUUCUCUCAAAUUAACCACAUCAAUGAAGAUUCCUUGUCAUCUGAUCUGGAAACCAAAGCCAAGGGACAAGGAAGCAACAAGCUCGAUCCCCGAUUGGCCGGCUCCUGGGCUGCUGCACAAGUGGAAACAGCCAACAAUUUUGCUCCUGACAGUUUGGUUUGGCACAUUCUCUCCAAUGGAUUGAACAUGCAGAUUGAGCAUCAUCUCUUUCCAGGUCUCAACCACUGUCAUUUGCACCUGAUUGCCCCUGUAGUGAGAAAGACUUGUGAGGAAUAUGGAGUGCAGUACAAAUGCUUUGGGAGCUGGAGGGAAGUCAUGUCCAUCCAUUUGACUUGGUACAAAAAACUGAGCUACCCGCCAUCACCCUUGGAAACCAAAGAAUAAACCAAUAGAAAUAGAAUGCCAAUAUUGACAAAUCUAAUUAGGACCAAAUGCACAAAGGCUGCAUCUUUGGAGAAGAGAAGAAAGUGAGCACAUUUUGCCAUUUCUUGGGCCCAAAGUUGUGCUAAUCUAAUCCUAUUUAUGUCUCUCUU